AUGAGGGAGGUAGCCGAGGAAGAAGAAGGGUGGGGAGGGAAGCCGCUGGCGCCCGUCGCUAGUCCCCCGCAGCAGGUGCUCCUCUGCUGCUCGCCCGCGCACACGCCGCUGGCCGCUCCCGCACGCGUCCUGCGCACCGCCGGGAAAGGCCCGCCCGCCACCGGAUCCCCGCCACCGGCCUGCUCCGCCUCCUGCAGAGCCGCUGUGCCGCUCCUGCACGGGCUUCUGCUCCGUUCGCCCGCAUCCCCGCGCACGCCGCUGGCCCCGGAUCCGCGGCGCUCUGCUCCGCCUCCGCGCGUAACCGCCCGCCCGCGCCUAGCCGGCGUCCUGCCGGGCCCGCUGGUGGGCCGCCUGGCGCCUGCGGAGGACCUGCGCGCGCACCGCGGGCUGCUCUGCCCGCGCCAUCCGCCCGCUCGCCGCUCGUCCGCGCACCUGGUCCCGACGCCGACUCCCGCGCGCCGCACCGCCUCCGCCUGCCCCCCGCGGCCCCUAGUCUGCGCGCGCAGCCCUGCUGCGCCGCUCCCGCGCGUCCGCGAGCAGCUCUGCCCGCGCCAUCCGCCCGCGUGCCGCUGGCCCGCCGGCGGCUCCCUGCGCGCCGCGCCGCCUCCGCCCCUUCCCGUGCAGCCCCUGGUCCACGCGCGCCGUUCUGCUUCUGCCUCCGACCGCGCGCGCCGCGUCGCAUCUGGUGCUCCUGCGCGCGCAGAGCACCGUGUGGGGGGAGAGGCACUGCCGGAGGGAGGGGCUGGAGGGGAGGAGGCGGCCAGAAUCAGGAGCAGGGGAGAGUCACCGCCGGAGGGAGGGGCUGGAGGGGAGGAGGCGGCCAGAAUCAAGAGCAGGGGAGAGUCACCGCCGGAGGGAGGGGUCGCUGCUUCUCAAAUACGGUGA